AUGGUGGCGGACGAGAAACUGUUUUUCUCGAAAGCUGUCCAACAUUUGGCCAGAUGUUUAGCAGCGAUCAAACCUACGCCAUGGGAGAAGGUGAUGCAGUUGUUCAAAUUAUGCCCACAAGAGUCUGCUCAAGGUAUAUACAGAUUGGAUAAAAGGGGUCAAGAUGCAAGUAUUGCGUUGGGAAUAUAUUUUCUGGAGUCUGGUCUACAACAUCGCGAUCGGAUAUUACCUUAUCUUUUGCGGUUGCUGCGGGGUCUUCCCAAGGCUGUUUGGCUGGAUGAGGUUAGAUGUUCACCUACUGAACGUAUUCCUGUUGCUGAACGUUUUAGUUUCUGUUUGAAUACAUUGCUAAGUGACAUUGCGGCCAGGUGUGAACCUGUACGUGAAGAGAUUAUUUCUACACAAGUAGAGAUAUUGGCAGUGUUAACGAAUCUAAUAAGGGGAUACAAAGAUCAAAAUGGUAGCAGAGGAAUGCAAGCAAAGUUGUCAUUAUGCAAGUGCAUAGUUCCAGUCUUGAUCGGUCUAGCCCGUUCAAUGGGUCGUUUCGCAUGCACAGACCCACCGCUCCUUUGUCGAAUUUUUCCAAAACCAGAACCGCCUCCGUCAGUACCAAAGACAGAAAUGCGUUUAACGUCGGACAAGAAGCAAUACAGUUUCUCUAACUUCCGGCCAAUCAUUCCUCGAUCCUUAAGCGGUAAUUUAAAUCCUCAUCCAGCUAUAGACAAUGCGCCGAAUCUAUUAACCGGCGAUCAGGACUUGCCCUAUGCGAAACGACCAUCCUUACAAUCGUACUCCUCAGUACCGUAUGAUCCAGCCGUGUACUUCUUCAGCCGAUACGGAUCAAGCUUCAACCAAUUCCCUCAAAUGCGAUGCAACGAAAGUCCCGAGAGGAGGGCCGGGAUGCAAUUUAGCGUGGUGCAUUUGCAAAGCGUGUUAGCUUUAGCAAAGAAAUUACUCACCAAAGAGAUUCUAACGUUUUUGGACGAAGAAGCUCAACAAGUAUACAACUCUGGUCAGGUGCAGAUAUUUCCUUAUCGGACAUUCAACGAAACAAUGAAUCUUGUAAUGGUUGCUCUUUUACGAGAAUUACUGCAAAAUCAACGUGAUCUCCCUACUCCUUUUACGAAAGAUGUACAGGAGUUUGUGAAAGGCCUCUUUUUAUCGGGUCAAACGGAAUUACAGUCGCGUCAGCAUGACGCAAGCGAGAGGGAAGACAUGGAUACCAAUUUUCGAACUGUAAAUAGAUUUAAAGUAAACGUAAUGGCUAAUUCUGCGUGUGUCGAUCUACUGGUGUGGGCAAUCGGCGACGAAACUGGUGCUGAUAGUUUAUGCGGUCGUCUAGUCGAAAAGAUUAACUCUAAUCAUGGACCAAAAUUGGUGCUAGCGCAUAUGCCUUUAUUAAUGGUGUGCCUCGAAGGCCUAGGGAAAUUGGCACAGAAGUUUCCUAAUAUAGCAAGUACUUCUAUUUAUUAUCUUCGGGAUUUUCUUGUCGUGCCAUCGCCAAUUCUUCUCAAAUUGCACCGUCAACAGAAUGGAAAAGGAAAAGAAAUGCACGAUUCGAAACAGACUACAUCGUCUAUACAAACGGCCUUUGAAAAACUACGUGAUGCAGCUAUUGGAAAUCUUUGCAUUGCUUUGGAAGCUGCGCACUCCGUAAAUCCAGAUUGUGUGCCCGCAUUGGUCGCCAGUGUUUCGAAUAGAUUGUUCGCUGCUGACAUAUGUGACGGAUCAAAUAGCGAGUUAAUUUCGAAAAACAUAGUAAUCAUGUUGGGACACGUUGCUGUUGCGUUGAAAGACACCCCAAAGACCAUGCGCACGAUAUUCCCAUUUUUUCAGCAAUUAUUUUGCCGUACACCGAGCGAUCUUGAUUUUCUAAUCGUCGAUCAGUUAGGAUGCAUGAUAAUCGCAAAAUGCGAGUCAAAGAUAUAUGAAGGCAUAAUGCAAAUGUUCUCUAUGUCACUAGGCUCAAGUACUGCUACAUAUGCUUCGAACGACGAUCGAAAGCAAUAUAGUCAUGUAGCUAAGGCGGUAACGAAUGCUCUCGCGAAUAUAGCAGCAAAUUUACAAGGUGAAACAGAGUUGGACGAUUUACUGCUUCAUUUGCUUGAACUAUUCGUUCAGCUUGGAUUAGAGGGUAAACGUGCUAGUGACAAGGUGCCGAAUAAUGUUACUAAAGCAGCAACUAGCGCAGGACAUUUGGGUGUACUUAUACCUGUGAUUGCUAUAUUAGUACGCCGUUUACCACCAAUCAGACAUCCACAGAAGAGACUUCUUAAACUCUUCAAAGACUUCUGGCUUUACUGUGUUGUAAUGGGGUUUGCUGGUGACCAAGCAUCGAGACUGUGGCCCGCAGAGUGGCAUGAAGGAGUGAAGGAAAUCGCUGUAAAAUCUCCUUAUCUUAUUUCGCAGACCAGUGCUCGCCUUGAAAUGAGGGAACUGCAGUAUACUUCAGCUGUACGUAACGACAGCGUCCCCUUGAAUGAAUUGCAAGAGUUAAGAAGUCAAAUAAUAAAAUUGAGUACCAGGACCAGCGACAUAUCGCAGUAUGUGACAAAGUUACAAUUCGCUCAAUGCACGUACUUGUUGUCUGUUUAUUGGCUAGAGACGUUACGUGUAGCGAAUAAUCCGGAGCCAAGCUUGCAGCCGAUUACGGAAUACUUAUGCGACACUGAUCUACAGAAGGAGAAAAGUGGUAUGUGGCAGUGUAUAUGCUGCGUAGCGGAUUCUGUCUUUGUGAAAUUCAAAGACGUGAUGCAGCGUAAACCAAAAGACGAGAGGCGCGAGAAAGAACUGGAGAAUCAUGCACAAUUUCUUUUGGUGCAUUUUAAUCAUGUACAUAAACAGAUCAGGCGAAUAGCGGAUAAGUAUCUCAGCGCGUUGGUAGAUGCGUUCCCGCAUCUUCUGUGGAAUUGCAAAGUGCUUUGGAGUAUGCUAGACAUAUUACAGAUUCUAUCGUUCUCAUUACAAAUUGAUCCAAACGAGGAGACACCAAUUCUACGGAUACCCGGUACACCGUACAGUAUCGAACUUAUCGAUACACUUGAAGCAAGAGAGAUCAUUGUGAAAGAUUUUACUGCACGAUGUAAAGGCAUAGUACAAGAGGCGAUGAAGUGGGCACCUCAGGCAACCAGAUCACAUUUGCAAGAAUAUGUGAAUCAAAUACCAUCAUCUGGAUUGAAACACCAUUCUGGCUUAUGUCUGUCCACAGAUUCAGUCCUUGAAUUUGUGGAUCUUGCUGUUUCAACAUCCGGUCUGCCAAAUCAGACGAAUUCAUUGGACAAACGACCACGCGGUCCAAAAGGAGCCAGUUCGUGGCUUUUACUAAUGAUGUCUACACGAUCACAUUACGCCGGGGAAAUCGCAGGAAUACCUUCGAUGAGAGUAGAAAAAGUAGUCGAUCAGUUGAUCGACGCUGUUUGGAUGGCCUGUCGUUCUCGCAACGAUGUCAAGCAUCGCAGUGCACUUUGGCGUGCCACUGCACUAUUGAUCUCUAUGCCAGGAAUACACAGACGUUUGUUGCACACAGUAGCUUCUUCGCAGAUAGAACUAUUCACCCCUGCAGCAAUGACCACAGCGGUCGAAUGCUGGCAGUGGAUGCUCACCGUAAGUCCGGAUCUCAAGUUGCGCUUCUUACAAGAAAUGCUUGUUGCAUGGCAAUACACUGUAGACAAGAGAAUGGGUCUGUUCGCACCGGAUGAAGAGGAAGUUAGUCCGCUGGCGGUGUACGAGGGCUGCAAAUUGGGCCCGAAUUCACCUCAAGUGAAACCUCACGAUAUUUGGGUUACUUUUAUAGUGGAAUUAAUUGAAACCGCUAAGUACUCUUGCCAAGAAACAGUCGACAUGAUCGUUACGCUGCUACAUCGGUCACUACCGAUGACAGUUGGUGCUUCUGGCGAAGAGCCUGGACUGAGUCGACAUGUUGCCGCAGUCGGUGUACGCUUCAAAUUACUUUCUUGCGGACUACUUCUCCUUCAAGGGGACAUUCUGCCCAGGACUUUGAGCAAAAAUGUAUUACGUGAACGCAUCUACUGUAACUGUUUGGACUACUUCUGCCGGGAGCGUCAAGUGCCUACACAGGAGCUUGAACAGCUACGAGAGGAUCUCGUCACACUUAUACGCUUCUGGCAGGUUAUGCAUAGCGAUAAAAAGUAUUUAGUGAUGACCGGUAAUGAAGGUGAAUUUGAAAUGCUAACGCCCCAGACCUAUACAACUGGUGGCUUCGGGCACAGCGAGACAAUUACCUCUCUGAGCACAGCUCUAGGUACAACGAACAAUGAAUUCACCAAAACACCGUCGAGCGUGCGGAUUAAUACAGUCCCAAUGUCAACCAGCAGCAACACUCUCGGCAAACGCAGUAACCGUAGCAAACGUGUCAUGAACGCGAAUGUUUUCGUGAAGGAUUACAUAAAGAAAAGAAACUUAAUUUUGGAAUUGCUGGCGGUUGAAAUAGAAAUGCUACUGGUUUGGAGAAAUCCCGGUGGAAGGCAGGAGCUUGCACUGCCAGGUGAAUCGAGUAUCGCGGAGUGGCGUGCUAAAGGCAUGAACGACAGAUGGCGCGAAUAUACGCGUCUUGCGUGGGAAAUCAGUCCUGUACUUGCUGUAUUUUUGCCGGUCCGACUGAAGAAUUCGGAAAUUAUUAUUAAAGAAGUGUGUGGGCUGGUCCGUUCAAAACCUGUACCGGUUAUGCACGUCCCAGAAGCUUUGCAGUAUCUAGUGACCACAGACACGUUGCUCAAUGAUGUACCUGAAGUAAGACGCUAUUCAAAUCACAUCAAUCUUGAACAUUUCUUGUAGUUAAACAUUCUAAACGAUUACGGUGAAAUUACUGUGUUUCAGUUGGUGUACAUGCUGACAAAGGUGCUAAGUAGUUAUCCAGCAGAUGCUGUGCUCUUCUAUAUACCUCAACUGGUGCAAGCAGUGCGCCAUGAUACCAUGGGAUACGUGAUAGAAUUUAUCAAGAAGAUUGCUAAACGUUCGCAAGUAGUAGCGCACCAAUUAAUUUGGAACAUGCAUACAAACAUGUACAUGGAUGAAGAUAAACAAAUUAAAGAUCCUGUUCUUUUCGAAGUGCUGGAUUCUUUGGUAAAAAGUAUCCUAGGAUCGUUGUCUGGCCCAGCAAAACAGUUCUACGAACGAGAGUUUGAAUUCUUUGAAAAGAUCACAAAUAUCUCCGGUGACAUAAGGCCAUAUCCUAAAGGACCUGAGCGCAAAUCGGCUUGCCUGAAAGCUUUGUCCAAGAUCAAAGUACAACCUGGUUGCUAUUUACCUUCUAAUCCCGAAGCCAUGGUGAUCGACAUUGAUUAUCAAAGUGGUACUCCUAUGCAGAGUGCCGCGAAAGCACCAUUCUUGGCUCGUUUCAAAGUACAAAAAUAUGGAAUAAAUGAAUUAGAAAAUAUCGCAUUAUCGGUAUCGUCUAACGGUAAAGCGGAGGCAAAGAGGGAGCCCGAAAAAGAGACAUGGCAGGCAGCCAUUUUCAAAGUCGGUGACGACGUUAGGCAGGAUAUGUUGGCUCUACAAGUGAUCAGUAUUUUCAAGAAUAUAUUCCAAAAAGUUGGACUGAAUCUAUUUUUGUUCCCAUAUAGAGUAGUGGCUACAGCGCCUGGGUGCGGUGUCAUAGAAUGCGUACCAAACGCGACCUCGCGUGACCAACUAGGCCGAACCACAGAUAUCGAUAUGUAUCAAUAUUUCAUUACACGUUACGGAGAUGAAACGACAAAGGAGUUCCAGAAUGUGCGACGUAACUUUGUUAAAUCGAUGGCCGCGUACAGCGUUAUCACAUAUCUCCUACAAAUCAAGGAUCGCCAUAAUGGCAAUAUUAUGCUGGACACAGAAGGUCAUAUUAUACAUAUCGACUUUGGGUUCAUGUUCGAGAGUUCACCGGGUGGUAAUCUGGGCUUUGAGCCUGAUAUCAAAUUGACUGACGAAAUGGUACUCGUUAUGGGAGGGAAAAUGGAGGCCGCGCCUUUCCGGUGGUUCAUGGAGCUAUGCGUUCAGGCAUUCCUAGCAGUAAGGCCCUACCAAGAGGCAAUCAUUUCUUUAGUUUCCCUUAUGCUUGACACGGGAUUACCCUGUUUCCGUGGACAGACGAUAAAGCUAUUGCGUAGCAGGUUCGUGCCGACAGCCAUUGAUCGCGAUGCGGCGGCCUUUAUGCUCAAUGUAAUACGUAACAGCUACCUCAAUUUCCGUACGAAAACUUACGACAUGAUACAGUAUUAUCAAAAUCAAAUUCCUUAUUAAAUUGAACGCGUUGUUCGCGAGAUUUCUGUUGAAAAUUGUUAGUAUGUAACGGAGAAAUUCAUUGUUCCCGCAAAGAAUUGUUGAACGAGUACAUCGUGUAUUAUAUAUUGUUAGAUAUGGCAGUAUCUACCUGCUGACUGUACAAACCUCUC